AUGGGUUCUAUCUCCUACAGCUCUUUCACUUUGGAAAAUGUUCCAGGAGCAGCUGAGGAUCCUCUUUAUCGUCUGAUGAGAGAGUAUCGCGAGGACAAGGAUGCUAAUAAGAUUGAUCUUGGUAUUGGUGCCUAUAGAGAUAGUUCUGGUAAACCAUGGGUGCUGCCGAUCUUUGCACAAGCUGGCUUCGCCGUGAAGGAGUACCCCUAUUAUUUGGCUACCACGCGCAAUAUCGACAUUGAGGGUAUGCUAGAGAGCUUGCGGGAUGCUCCUAGAGGGUCAACAAUUGUCCUUCAGGCCUGCGCCCAUAAUCCUACCGGCAUUGAUCCAACGCAAGAAGAUUGGAAGCAAAUUGCCCAGGUCAUUCGAGAGCGAUCUCACUUCCCGUUCAUUGACUGCGCAUAUCAGGGAUUUGCUUCGGGUGAUCUCCUACGUGACUCUUGGGUAUGUCGGUACUUCAUCGAGCAAGACUUUGAGUGCUGUAUUGCCCAGUCCUUUGCUAAGAACCUCGGUCUGUAUGGAGAACGAGCUGGGGCAUUCCAUUUCAUCUGUGCACCGGGUUCAAGUGCUACAGAACUCGCCACUCGAAUCUCGAGUCAACUCGCAAUUAUACAGCGAGCAGAGAUCUCGAAUCCCCCAUCCUAUGGAUCAAAGAUUGCAAGCUGUGUUUUGAAUGACGAGGCCCUUUUCUCCCAAUGGCAGGAGGAGCUUUGCCUAAUGAGUGGCCGAUUGGCGGGAGUACGAAAGGAAAUACAGUCUGGACUGGAAGAGCGAGGCACGCCCGGCUCUUGGUCACACCUUUCGACGCAGAUUGGCAUGUUUAGCUACACAGGACUUUCGAAAGGUCAAAUUCGGACUUUGAAAGAAAAGUGGCAUAUUUAUAUGGUAAGUCUGUCAUAG